UCUUAGUUUCUGCAUGUCUGAAAUUUGACUUUACUUCUGCCACUGUUACUAAACAGAAAGGUGCUGAUGGCAGCACAGCAUUGCAAGUGUUAUUAGUAGAUGGAGCUUUUUGUUUCAAAAGGUUUAGGCUCCUGAGUGAAUAUAAAAGGCCAGGCAGAUUGACAGGACAAUGACCUUGGCUAAAUGUUUUCUUUUUCUCCCCCUCUGGUGUGCUCUGAUGAUCAGAGGGGCUGUUCAGAUGCCUGGAGUGGUCAGGGGUCAUCAAAGGGCAGCUGUCCACUAUAAAGGGGCCUGUCUGGAGCUCCGUCUGCACAUAGCAUCAUUUCAGCCUGAAGCCAGCUGGAGGAAGGAAGAAGAUCUUUGCUUCUCUCUAAUUAUCGUUGGAGUAGAUUUUGUGGGUUUCAGUUCCAAUGGAAGCCAGAGUCCUGACAGUUUUUGGAACAAUCCUCCUCUGCUCUUUUGGAGUUGUUUUCGCCACCCAAAGGCACAGAUAUCUCACAGGCCUUGAGACCAGUUCAGCAUUCAGAAAUCUCUCAUUUAAUCGCAGCAGAUACCCUCUGUACAUGAUGCAGCUGUACCACUCCUUCAGGACUGCUGAUUCCUCAUCGCCAGUAGCUAUUAACACCAUUACAAUGCAAGGUGACAACCUGUCAGCACACAGUUCUGACGCCAUCCUAAGUCUGAUGGCCAGAGGUUGCCAUCAAGUGGGUGAAAGAUGGACAGUCACAUUUGACAUGUCAUCCAUCUCUACCAAUGAAAUUGUGCAGCUGGCAGAACUUCGGAUCAGACUGCCUGCUUUCUCUGGCUCCAAGCGUGCCACCUUGGAUUUAUAUCACUCUGGAAAGAGUUGUAACCUUGGCAGCGCAUGCCAGGAUGAGCACCUUUUCCUGGGGAGCUUAGACACAUCCGCCAGCAGCACAAAGUCUGCCUGGAAGGUUUUUAACGUGACUACUCUGUUAAAAUACUGGUUGUACCAGGGAGAUGGAGUGCCGAGUCAAGAGGCCUCAGGAGAACCUGAGGCGGACCAUGGGAGCGGUGCUGAGGAUGAAGGUGACAUCACUGACAAGUCAAUCUUCAAGAAUUUGGGAUUUAGGCAAAGAAAAAUACACCAUCCAACCACUAAUCGGGUCAUGAUGGUCAUCUUCUCUAAGCACAACCUGCCCCAGGAAGGCCAAACAGCACACAGUCUCAUUCACACAGUGGAGAACUCCAAGUAUGUGACAAUGGACAGAUUCAGCAGUGACAGUCAAAGUCGACGCCACAAAAGGAACAGAAUGGAGAGGAUGAGGGUGGCUGCAGGAGCUUCACCCACUCCUGCACCAGCAGCAGAGCCGGCCCAGAGGCCGCUGUGUCGGAAGGUAGACAUGUGGGUGGACUUUGACCACAUCGGUUGGGACGAGUGGAUUGUGCACCCUAAACGCUACAAUGCGUUCCGCUGUGAGGGAGAGUGUCCUACACCACUGGAUGAGUCCUUCAACCCAACCAACCAUGCAUAUAUGCAGAGCCUGUUGCAACAUCACCAUCCAGAGAGAGUUUCUUGCCCGUCCUGUGUGCCCACACGUCUCAGCCCGCUCUCCAUGCUGUACUACGAGAAUGAUGAUUUGGCCCUGCGGCAUCACGAGGACAUGAUUGUUGAAGAGUGUGGAUGUCACUGAAGGCCAGCACAUCACUGGUUUCACUGCCGGCCCAAAAGCAACUACUGACAGAGCGUAAUCUUGAACUUUAGUGCAACUGCUUCUUAAACGUCUUCAUGUAAACAUUAAUGUUCAUUUAUUACAUUUAAAGUUCCUAGUCAUUACAACAGGAUAUGAGUGUUAAGUUUGAAGGACAUUAUAUUUCAUCCAUACUGGGUGGUACACGAUAGUAUAUGUCUUUAGUUAGGAUAAAGCUCUGUUAUGCAAAUGUAAUAUGUUGUCUAUUUAUACAUUAUAAUGUAUAUUUUGUACAUAAAAUUUGAAACAUAUAUUAAAACCUUAUUUUGACAUGA